AUGCCCUCAGUGGGAUCCACCCCACCCUCAGUCGGGAUUCUUUACCAGUCCUCAAUCCUCCCCGACCUUCGAUCUGCCUUCCGACUCUCGCCUUCCUGCAGCUUACCGCCUCAUCUCGAUGCCUCAAGAUGCUCAGAAAUGAAAGAAAGGGAAAAAACAAUGCAGUGGGCAUCAGUUGCUGCAGGAGACGGCUGCCUUCUUCCCUGUCCUGCAGUCGUUCGCUCUUCUUUCCCAUGCUUCUGCCAAGAUGGGCACUUGCUUGUCAUCCCUACAUUGGCCAGCUGUUCGGCAAAAGUCAAUAAGCUGAGACCUUUGUCCUGCCAGGUAACUCGUGAUCUGCGUCUGUCAUAUCACGAACUAAUGUCUCGCAGAACAUCACCUGAUCAGUCUUCCUUCUUGGGCCGCAGCAUCAAGCAUGUCGCCGCAUGCCGCAUGCCGUUUUCCGCCUACCGCCUCGCUGGCCCGUCAUUCUCUCGCGAUACCUGCGAGACCUGCAAGGGGACCUACAGUGACCGUCAACUCGGUGUGUUGAUACUACCCAAUCCCCUCCUCGGCCACCUUUACUCGCCCACUCUCGCCUGCCAGCUAGCCAAUCUGCAUGGCUGUCACUGUGCGUGCCCAAAGCACAUCAAACCAUUCGAACCGAAAACCGGCCGUUGA